CUUACACAUCCGUUCUCUUGUUGCUGGGCAGGUAAACAAAUCUACACCGGGUACAUAUUUUCAUUAAGCAUGGAAGCAAACGUCAAUAGAUGGAUAUACAAUAUGUUCAGAGAUGAAGUUUGAAAAAUAUAGUAACGUUUGAUACUUUCAAUUCAAGAUAUGUGAAAGGUGUUAUUCCAAUUGUGAACAAAACAGUACAAGUUUAAGUGAGAUUUGUGUGAUAUCAACAAGAUGAGUUAUCGUGCAGCAGAAGAUCGGGAUGACGAUGACUAUAGUUACAGUGAUGAUUCAUUCAUCAGUGAGGACGAAAAACCAGCUAGACGCACAGAAUCUUUGAACCGCACUCGCAAAACAACAGAAGAAGUUUAUUUAGGGAAAAAAGCUUCCCCCAGGAAAGAUGACAGUCGCGGUAGAGGCCGAGGUAAAGGGCGGGGAAAACAGAGGUCAACCAGUCAGGUCACACCAAGGGUUGACCCCGUCAUACAGCGUGUUUUAUCAGCACGCAAACUUCGAAUCAAUGAACUUAGAAAUAAUAUGGAGGACCUUCUUAAACAGAUUGAAGACAUGAAAGAGGAAAACAAAUUGUUAAAGAAGACUCAAUAUAGGCAGGAAAAGGCAUUGAACCGAUUUGAGGAUCGGGAAAGUGAUUUGCCUCAGAUCAUGCAAAAACAUAACAACGAAACUCGGGCAAUGCGUGAUCAAUUAAAGAAAACAAAAGAAAAAUAUGAGAGAACAGAUCGAUACCUUCGGGAUGCAGAAGAUGAACUUGAAAAAGUGAAAGGUAAAAUGAAAAAAUAUAAAAGAUUAGUGGAUGAAAAUGAUUUAUUGGAGAGAGAUGAGCUUCAAACCAAAGUAAAGAAGGCUGAGAUCGAUCUGGAGGAAAAGGAAGUCAAGAUCAAGGAUUUAGAAAGACAUGUCAACAAUUUAUCUAAAAACCACCGUCAUGAGCUUGGUAUUGAGAUGGCAAGGACUAGAGAUGCAAAGAAACAGAUGGACACACUAAGAGAUGAAAAUGAUCGUUUAGAAAAGCAGCUAAGGGAAAAAAUGAAAGAACUGGAGAUGAAAAAUAUAUAUGCUAACCGAAUGUCAAAACCUGGCAGUCGUAUGAUGCCAAACUCAUACAGUGGCACACCAAUGAGACAGUCCAGUCCAAGUUCACCACGGCGACGGCGUCCACCCUCUGUCCAUGACCUCAACCCACGGGAAAAGGUCAAGUUGUACGAGGAAAGGCGUAAAGAAGAGGAAAGAAAGCAAAGAGAGAAUACCUCACCAAUUCCAAGACUACAGUUUACUCAGGAAAGCAAGGAUUACGAGAAGAAGAGAGCAUCUAAGUCCAAACCCACACCUGCUUAUCGUGGUGGCUCCUUCUCACCAAGGAAACCCGUCUCUACAGAACCAUUAGCAUCUAAAAAAGAAGAUAAUUCCAGUAAACCAUGGCGGUCAAGUCGACAGGUCCAGUCCGAAAAACCAAGGGGGUCAGAAAGACUGUCUGAUAGACAAAGACCUUUCUUAUAUAAUGAUAAGAAAAGCAAAGCAGAUGACAAACCAGCCAAGUUGUCCUGGAAAGCUGAUGACAGCUAUGGGGGUGCCAAGACACCAUCUUCUAGAGAUUACAAUGAAGAUUUUGAGAGGGCACCGAGUGCAGGGUCCAAGGAAUGGGAGAGAAUCGAGGAGGAUACUGAUGAUUCCUACUCAAAGUCAUACAAAAAUAAUGGCCCUAUAUCAUCCCAAAAAUCCCCUCGACAUGAAACAUCUACUUUCACAGCUACAGGAAAAAAAUGGCCCUGGGAGAGUUCAAGUGGAAACACAUACAACAAUGUAAGCAAGAAGCCUUCAAUAGGAAGUACUCGUGUCUACGCAUCGCCACCUAGUGGUAAAAGUAGAUACAAAUCUAUUGGCAAAAAAUCUACUGUUGCUUCCACUUCUACAUACUCUGCUGGCGAAUCCGUGCAGCAACAACAGAAAGCACAUGAUGAGCGAGAGGCCCGUGAAAGAGAACGUCAGCUUCGACAAGAACAGGAGGAGGAAACAGAAAGGAAAGAACGUUGGGAACAUAUGGAACGUGUGCAACGGGAUCAGGAGGAGCGAGAACGAAGUGAUCGGGAGGAGCAGGAUCGAAAACGACGACAGCGGGAGGAACAGGAACAACACGACAGAGAGGAACAGGACAGACGUGAUGCUGAAGAGUGGAAAAUGAAACUAGAAAGGGAGAAAAUGAAACGUGAAGCUGAGGAACUGAGACGAGAACAGGAAGAACGUCAAAGACGAGAAAGAGAAAGAAAAGAACAGGAAAGACGAGCUGAGGAGGAGAGGGAGCGGAUACAGAAAGAUAAACAAAUGGAUGAGGAAAGACGUAAAAAGGAUUUAUUACUGGCUAAGCUACGCGACAUUGAUGAUGGCAAGAAAACAGAAAGGGAUAAAAGCCAUGAUCCAUUCUUCCUUACAAAUAAAGCAGAUAGUGAUGUGGCUUCAACUUCAUCAAGUAAAAAGAGUUACCAGUUCACAAAGCCGAUUGAAAACCUUCAUCAUGGCAAAUGGUCACAUGAGGAUGUGUCUGUACCUUAUCUAGAAAAACAGAAAAAGAAAAAAGAGAAAGAGGAUGAUGGGGGUUACCAGCCAUCAUUCGGACGACGGGGAGACUCAAAGAAUACAAAAGGCAAGAAAACAGGUGAUGUAGUUUUCAAUGAUGAUUUUGCGAAACCACCAAAGCCCAAAGACAACAAGAAGAAAGACCUCAUGGCCGAUUUGUUUGGCAAUCAACCCACCAAGAAAACCAAUAACACUUUCAAUGAUGAUGACAUUUUCAGUAGUUCAAAUUUUGAUACAAAGAAAACUAACACAGCAAAGUUGUCCCUUUUUGAUGACGAACCAAAACAAACUACAACAAAAAGAGAAAACUCAUUAUCUUUGUUUGGAGGUGGAAGUGCUCUGCUUGAUGAUGAUACUACUACAACGAACGACUCUUCGAAAUUGUUGCCACGGCGACAACGGCACACAACAACCACAUUUCAGUCACGGCCAGUGGUCAACGCAGCAGAAAAUAACUUUGAUGAUGACAUUGAGGAAGUCAUUCUUUAGCAGCCUAGUGUAAUUUAAGUCUUUUAACCUUGUGUUGUUAAGUUUUGUAAGCGUAGUUAUUUGUGUAUUUAUAAAUUUUAUACAUGUAUACCAGAACUUUGCAGAAAGCAUGUAUUGAUGUUUUAUCUUGUUUGAUAUUCAAAGUCUUUUGAACACACCAGCAGGAAAUUGUUGUCACUUUUGUGGGUCAGUUGCUGUUAUGACCAUUUAACUCAGUUUUGAUGCUAUUAUUUAAACACAGCGAUGUAUUUUUGCUCAACCAGGCUUUAAUGCCCUUCUCCCGACAAAAAUGUUUAAAAGCAAGCUUACUUAAAAUUUGUACAAACCUGUAAUUUUUGAAAAUUGUAUUUAUUUUAGAAAUAUCAUUGCAUUAAAUUGAUUCUGAAUUGCAAUGACUGGAAAAUGAGCAUUGCAUGUUUGAUGGCUGACAGAAUAUCCCAUGAUAUAUUUAAUUGGACUGAGAAUGGCCCCAUACUUCUGACCCCAAGUGAGUGUGGCAGACACUGUAUAUAUGUUAACUGUUCCGUCCUUUAAUGUAAGUCAUGACUAAACAUUUCAUUAUUACCAGCAUGUGUGUGCCAAGUGUGAAAGGAUAUGGAUCUAAUUUCGCUAUGGGAAGUUGACUUCCAUAAAUCUUGAAAAAUUGUUAUAUCUGUUGAGUUUUACAAUUAACUUAUGUUUUAGUUAAAGGUGUGUGCAUUUGGAAUAGUUGUUUAUGUCAGUGUUGAGAGUAAGGAUUACACUGUACUUGUUUUUCUAUUAAUUGAUAUUGUAUUUUUUUUUGUUUUUUUUUUUUUACUCCAUGAGAUAUAAAAGUUCAAUCUAUGUGUCACCCUAUUAAUUUCACUAAGGUGAAUGUAAAAUUUUACUUCUUUAAAAAAUAUAUUUAGUUUGUUUCUCAUCUUUUUUUAAUAAAUAUCAUGUAUUUUUUAAAGAUUUAUAAUGAAAAUUAUUUUUUCAUAGUUCAAAUAUGUUUUUAGUUUCUUUCAGAUAUACAUUGUCUAUCUAAAAUAUCUUUCAUGGUAUUGCCCAUUAAGAAAAUCCAUCAAUUGUGAAUACUUUAAUCAAAGAGAAAUGUGAAAUAGACUUGCCCUCUGUCAUCAUUUCUUUUUGUUAUACAAAAAAUAUGUUGGAAAAAGUUCAAAUCUGAACAACUUCAGUCUUGGUAGAUUAGAUCAUCAUCCAAGACACAAUACAUUUAUUUUUAUGCAACUCGGGCAUUGUGACCUUUUUGCAGAGAUAGAGAAAUAAUAAAUACCCAUAUUGGCCUCCAACUCCUCUCAGAUGUUAAUGUAUCACAAAGCUCUCUAAACUUAUAGAGUGUUGGCCUCCAACUCCUCUCAGAUGUUAAAAUAUCACAAAGUUCUCUACACUUAUAGAGUGUUGGCCUCCAACUCCUCUCAGAUGUUAAAAUAUCACAAAGUUCUCUACACUUAUAGAGUAAAUUGGCCUCCAAAUCUUCCCAGAUGUUAAAAUAUCACAAAGCUCUCUAAACUUAUAGAGUGUUGGCCUCCAACUCCUCUCAGAUGUUAAUGUAUCACAAAGCUCUCUAAACUUAUAGAGUGUUGGCCUCCAACUCCUCUCAGGUAUUGAUGUAUAUCGCAAAGGUCUCAAGGGUUUUCGAGUAUCUGCCUCCAAAUCCUUCCUAGUGUUGAAAUAUCACAAAGCUCUCUAAACUAUAGAGUAUUAGCCUCCAAGGUGUCGAUAUAUCACCAAAGUUCUCUGUUUAGCGCCGCAGUUUACAACCAAUAUCCGUCCAAUCAAAAUCUCAGCUCAUCUUUUAAUGCAAUUUAUUGGGUAAUUAAAUUUUAAUCACUUUUUUAAAUUCAACAUUUAUAUACAAUGUACAUGUAUUUUAAUAUACAUGUGAACAAUCUGGAGUUGGUUUACCGUCCACUUUCUCUGUUGUGAUGUAGAUUUGUAUGGUGUUGAGGUAGACACUCAUUGAUCUUAUAUUAUUUGAACAUGUGUUUAAUCAAUACUUGUCCCCACCAUUCCCAUUGAAAAUUCCACUUUGUCUUGUCAGUUGUUAAGUUGAAAAGCUCACAUUUUAUAAAUUCUGCAUUUGUAUUUGAAUAUACUGUAUGUAUUUUUAUUUAUAUUAUGAAUCUUCAAGGCAGUUGCUUUAGUUGUAAUGAAGUUGUUGCUGUUAAUGAAGUAUUUGAACUGAUAUUGAGCUUUAAUUUCUAUGUUUUGACUUACUGUCAGGAUACAUGUACAUGUAUCUUUAAUGAGGUCAAACAAGUAUUGAAUUUAAAAUUAUUUUUUUCAUUCUUGAAUUUGAUGAAUACCAACAAACUUUCCUUUAAUUACUUUCAAAGAAAAUUAUAUUUAUAUAGAAAAUAGAAUUAACAUCAAACCUAUACAGUACAAUAUACAUGUACUUUUAUAUCUAACUAGAAAUUAACUUGGGAUGAAAAAAAAAAUACAAAAAAAAUUACCUAGCAACAAACAAAGAGCAAAAAUGUGUUCAAAUCUCACAUUGUUAUGGAGUCAGUUGUGGUACCACAUGUUGUGCUAAAUUUUUGUUUAAUAUGUUUUGUCCUUGUAAUUUUUUAUGAAGAACAAUUAUCAUGAACCUUAAUUGUUAAUUUCAUUUUUCAUCAUAAAGAAGUUGGGGUUUUUUUUUAACAUAAUGUUUGUUUUGUAAAAUGUACAGUUGUGUUAACAGUUGGUGCGGCCAGUGUACUUAAAUGUGAAGUGAAACAUACGAUGCCAUAGGCCCAGCCCAUAACCGAACAAUAAACAUGAUUAUCUCCCUUAGAUAUUACCCGUCGUUGUGUGUAGAUAUAACUGUUAGGAUAUAUAAAUACACUAAAUAAAAUGCAUCCUAAUCUUGGGUACAGGUUACCCCUUUGUUCAGCCAUGAAAACACAUUCAACAUAAUCAUUAAUUCUUUCACUAAUGGAUUUUCAACAGCAUUUCGACCAUCCUAAACAGACAUGUUCUUAUAUUGCAGACAUUUCACCUAUGAUGCACUCUUUUGAGUGAUAGCCUUGUAAAUAGUACAGUAUUGGAAAGUUAUGUAAAUUACAUAGUAUACAGAAAUGCUUCCUAUCCUGUACUCUAAAAGCUCUGAUAAGGCAUCAAAAUGUCAGAUAGUCAUAAUAGUUUGGUAGUUGCAGAUAGAUGUUAAAAUGUAAAUAUAAUGUGCUAAGAUAUAUAAUCCAAAACCCAUACAUUCGAAUAAUGACCAAAAUUCCAUGCAAGUGAAUUUUAACUGCAGUCAUAUUAAUAAUUACCUUUUAGAUUUAGAGCUCUCAGCAUGUGUAUAAAUUAUGUAACCAUAGUUAAUGCAAGUUUAUAUUCCUGUCUAUAUAUGAUUUUCUGAGUAAUACAAGUUUGCUCAUCUUAAAUUUUGUUUGGGUAGAAUCGUCAUCAGUUAACUAAAAGACAAUACUGGAUUUCUUUUUCUAGAUACUCCAGAAAUGUUAAGAUUUAAGUUCUCUUCAUUUCUAUUCUUAUCCUGAUGUCCGAAUAUUUAUCUUUGCCUGAAUGUACAAGAAUCUUUAUUACAAGUUUCCAAUAUUGCAAGAAAAAUGAUUAUGCAAGUUUUGAAGAUACUGUAUAGAUUUUUAACUACCUAACGUCAUAUGUAAAACCCCAUUAUUUAUGAAUUAAUGCCUGAAAAACUGUCAGUUGAUCUUGCAGUUGAGUAACAAUGUGCUGGAAACUAGUGUUAUAUUAAAGAAUUGCCUCCCUUACAUAGGUGCUGUGAUUAUUCCCCCUAAUGGGCUGGAGGUUAUUUAUUGGAUAUGCCAUGUCCCACUGUUGACAAUGUGAUAUACACACUAUCCCAGUCUUUGUGGCUAACUUAAUUAAGAUGUUUAAGCAUUAAUUAAGUAUUGUGUCACCAUUGAAUAAUUAUCAUAUCAACCUAUUAAAUAUGACAAAGAA